GUUUGUUCCACCGGGCCAUCCUGAUGUCAGGCUCAGCUCUGAGCUCCUGGGCUGAGGUCCAAGAUGGCAUCUCCGUAACAGCUCGCCUGGCGCGGGCGUUGAACUGCUCCCUACCCUCAGAUCUGAGGGAUCAGCACCCAGAGACCAUCGUGUGUCUCAGGAACUUGUCCGCCCAGACGCUCGUCAACGCGCCGCUCCCCAAAUACAAGUUUGCUUCACUCUUCGGCCCCAGCGUCGACGGUGUCGUCGUAACCGCUGACUACAGGAUCAGACUUGCAAGGGAACUGAAAGACAGAAACCUGUCCGUAAUCUUGGGAGUGACAGAGGGCGACGCUUAUCCGGAGCUGACGCAGCAUCAAGCCACCGAGGGACUCAACAUGAAGGAGCGCAACAGGAUCUUCAGGACGUUCGUGCGCAACUCCUACGACCACCAUCUGCAAGAGAUUUAUUUGGCCAUGUGCAAGGAGUACACGGACUGGGGAAAUCCUUCUCAUCAUCCCAUCGAGGUGCGCGAUCUUGCGGUCGAGGCUCUCAGCGACGGUGGAUUUGUUGCUCCCAUGACACGCACGGCAGCCGUGCUGAGCCAGCGUGCCGACACCUACGUCUACGUCUACGCUCACCACGACGCAGAUCAUCAGUACUGCAACGAGUUCCCCGUAAGUCAGUAUUCCCCAAAUCCCUACACCGGGAGUUCUUCAUGUCAAUUUUCAAACCCCAAUCAGUUCCCGAGCCCCACGAAUUGCGGUGGUGGGAGCCUUUCCCUCCAGCGCAGCAGUGGAACAUCUGCUCCGCAACGUUCUGCCACCCUCAACAGAAGUGGAGGACCAAAUUCGCCACCGGCUCAAGUCAUCCCUCGAGGAGGCUUAAGCUGGCUCAAGGGAGACCUGGCUAGAGCCGGCAGCAUCGCUGAGUGA